UCUCGUCGUUUGACAUCAGCAGCCGCUGCAUCCUCACCGGGACACGGAGACACAAAGGCUUGUUGUGUAACUAAUUAAGGGCUUUACUGUUGUGGUAGGCAAAUACGCAUUAAGGGUUGCGGUGUGUGUGGCUAUGUUCAUUAAUACAUUCCUGCACGGAUUGGGGCAACUGGGAGAGGGGGGCUUUACACAAUGAAGUGCAUGCUUUUCACGUGAAAUGCCCCUUUAAAAGCGGGCUCCCUUCUGUCAUACUAAGGCACAUCGUAACCGAACGGAUAGAGAGUAGUGAAAAGUCUCAGACAGCUGCACUUUGUUGUGUCAAAUCGGCUCCAGGAUGGUCUCGUCUUACCCUUUACCGGAGGGCUUCUCGGACUUUGAUGUUUUCUCCCUGGGAUCUUGCCUGCUGGUGGAGGGUAUGCUGGGCUUCUUUUUAAAUGCGGUGACAAUCGUCGCUUUCCUAAAAGUGAGAGAGCUGAGGACCCCCAGCAAUUUCCUAGUGUUCAGCUUGGCGAUGGCUGAUAUGGGCAUCUCGAUGAACGCCACCAUCGCUGCUUUCUCCAGCUUCCUGAGGUACUGGCCUUAUGGCUCUGAAGGAUGCCAGACUCACGGUUUCCAUGGUUUUGUGACAGCUCUCGCCAGCAUCCACUUUAUAGCCGCCGUUGCCUGGGACAGAUACCACCAGUACUGCACCAGGACAAAGCUGCAGUGGAGCAGCGCCAUUACUCUCGCUAUAUUUGUCUGGCUCUUCAGCGCCUUCUGGUCUGCAAUGCCCCUCUUUGGCUGGGGAGAGUACGACUACGAGCCCCUCCGGACUUGCUGUACUCUGGACUACAGCAAGGGAGACAGAAACUAUGUGUCCUACUUGAUCCCCAUGGCCACCUUCAACAUGGCCAUCCAAACGUUUGUUGUCAUGUCCUCUUACCAGUCCAUUGCACAGAAAUUUAACAAGACUGGAAACCCCAGAUUCAACCCCAACACUCCUCUUAAGACUUUGCUGUUCUGCUGGGGUCCAUAUGGCAUCCUGGCUUUCUACGCCGCUGUGGAGAAUGCCAACCUGGUCUCCCCCAAACUCCGGAUGAUGGCUCCUAUCCUGGCUAAAACCUCUCCCACCUUCAAUUUCUUCCUGUACGCUUUGGGAAAUGAGAACUACAGAGGAGGCAUCUGGCAGCUUCUCACCGGGGAAAAGAUUAAUGUGUCUCAAAUUGAGAACAAGUCUAAAUAAACAAAGCAUGCAAUACUUACGCACACUUACUGUUCUAUUGUUUUCUCACAGUAACCUAGGCGUUUCCAUCUGUGAAUGUACGUGCGUGUGUCAGUGGUAGCCAUUAUCCUGUGUAAACAUAUGUGCUGGAUUUGUUGUCCUUUGUGUCUGCAGUUGUAUAACGUAAAGUAUUUUAUCAACUAAACAAAUUAAUUGGAAUCUUGUAAAAAAAAAAAAAAAAAUUAAUUGUGAAGUGACUUCAAGCUGCUGAACAGUGAACAAAAUUCAACAUGUGUCCAAACAAUGCAGUAAAGCAGCAGUAGUUCAUUGUACCACAUAGUAAAUGCAACAAAAAAACAACAUUGGACUUGGCUACUUCUGUAACAAACACGCAAUUUCUCUGUUUUCUCAGGUCUAUAUGAACUUUAUUAGCCAUUUAUUUAAUUAUGUAGGGGAUGACUUUCAUUUUGAGCUCCAUUAUGUCCAAAUGUUCUGUUAGUUUCAGGCUUGACCUAAAAUACAAAAUAGUUCUACAAAGAAAGUCAAGAAUCGAGUUUCCAACCAAAUAGAUCAAUAUUGAAAAAGUUAUAAACAUAUUGAUGUGACAGAUAGCCGAUGACUUCCCUAGGGACAGUCAGGAAGGCGUCCUUCCUCGUUUAUUGCGCCUGUCAAUGAAAUGAAGUGUGAGCAUGCCACUGACAUCGUGCUCUGCAAGGUCAAGAGUGAUCUCUGUAUCCAGAGCAGAACUGCACUAAUCCUCUAAACAAGAGGACCAUUCUUCAAUUCACAGCCCCUACGACAAGUUACAGAUUAGUCGGAGGCUGUAGAUUAACUAGACGUUCCUCUCGCCUCUCAAUUUUCAUAUGAAAUCAAGGCAGAAGUCUGUGUGACAUUUAAGUAGCAUCCAAAUAAGUUAAGUCAGAAUUAAUAUUGGUAUCUACUUUAACAUAAUUUAAAUGAUAUAUUCCUGGUUUAGAUUAGGCUUUAAAAUUUAAUAAGAUAUGGCUGCUUAUCAGUGUUUUUAAAAUUGCUUCUAUGACUGAGACUUAGACACUAUUUAAUUAACCUAUUUAACUUGUGCAUUUUGUAAUAAUAAUAAUAAUAAUAAUACACAAUACAAAUAGUAUGUUUCUUAACAAAUUAUUUUGUUUCCUCAUGAGCCUUACCUUAAAAAUGGGGAAUAACUUUGACAUUUUUAAAUACACAAUAACAGACUGGUUAUCAUAUAAUCAAUAUUCUUACAGUAGGUUUCAAAAACCAAGUAGUCCACUUUUGUGGUAUUGUUCUAAUGUAGCAUAUGAUUUGGUGUAUAACAAGAUAAUAAGGAAUGUUAUCAACAUACAACAAGGUUCAGUUUCUAUGCUAUGUUGCAUGUGAUUUAUUGAACCUUAAUGUAAAUAUAAUGUAAACAGCACAAACAGGCCUAUUCACACCCUAACUAUCCCAUGUAAAUGAAUAAAUAGCUUAAGUGUGAAGUUCUUUGAAAUCCUUAAAGAUUAGUUAGUGGUGAACGUCUGGACUCCAGAUGCUAGGAGCCCAGAUGACAUUAUCCUACACUGUAAAAUGUAGUUAUAUAUAGAUUUUGUUUAGUCAUUGUUCCUGUGAAAUCCUGUUAAUUUCAUUUUACUUGCAUUUUAACAUAUUAAUGUCAGUCCAUUUGCUGUUUAUAAUUUACAGAAAGUACACUUCAAUCCUUUGAUCCAGCAAUUCUUGAAUGACUCAUAAAGGAUUAAAACUC